CCACCUGACGGCAGAAAAGUGCACAACGAUCUGCCAUUUUCCGCCUUCCUUUUCCUGUGAUUAUUUAACAGUUGGGGCAAAAAUUUUGCGCAAAAUACACGAUGGCUGUAAGACUAUUAUCAAAGUUAAAGGUUCUGCCUGAGAUUCGCGGUAUCGCGAACGCGAGUUCGGCGGCCGCGCCAGCCUCGUUGUCGGAUUUUGAUAUGCAACAUAAGACCCCGGUUGUGAGGAAGCAGCACUUGAUUCCUAAGGCUCACUACGGUGGUCGUCAUGCAGUCACCAUGCUCCCAGGUGGAGGCAUUGGCCCCGAGCUGAUGGGCUACGUCCGAGACAUUUUCAAAUACAUCGGAGCCCCUGUAGACUUUGAGAUUGUAGACAUUGACCCCACAGUUGAUAACGACGAGGAUGUGCAUUACGCUAUCACAACCAUCAAGAGGAAUGGUGUUUGUCUUAAGGGCAACAUUGAAACAAAGAGCGAGGCGGCCUACGUGACGUCACGCAACGUGGCGCUCCGCAACGAGCUCGACAUGUACGCGUACGUCCUCAACUGCAAGUCCUAUCCCGGAGUCCAAACCAGGCAUAAGGAUAUCAAUAUUCAGAUUAUCAGACAGAACACGGAAGGCGAGUACGCCAUGUUGGAGCACGAGUCUGUCCGCGGUGUCAUCGAGUCCAUGAAGGUGGUGACCGCCAGCAACUCCGAGAGGGUCGCGCGCUUCGCCUUCGAGUUCGCCAGGAAGAACAACAGGAAGAAGGUGACAACAGUCCACAAAGCCAACAUUAUGAAGUUGUCUGACGGUCUGUUCUUGGAGACCUCUCGUCGCCUCGCUAAGGAAUACCCCGAGAUCGAACACAAUGAUAUGAUCAUUGACAACUGUUGUAUGCAGCUUGUUGCUAAACCUCACCAGUUCGACGUGAUGCUGAUGACGAACCUGUACGGUUCCAUCGUGUCCAACGUGGUGUGCGGCAUCCUGGGAGGAGCUGGUCUCCUCUCCGGCAGGAACUACGGAGACCAUUACGCAGUCUUCGAGCCUGGUACCAGGAACACCGGUACCGCGAUCGCCGGUAAGAACAUAGCGAACCCGAUCGCCAUGAUCAACGCGUCGGUGGACAUGCUGGAGCACCUCGGCCACCACUUCCACGCGGACCUCAUCCGCGCCGCCGUCGACAAGACCAUCAACGUGGACCGCGUCAUGACGCCCGACAUCGGCGGGACCGCCUCCUCCACGGACGUCGUCAACGCCAUCAUUGGUAACGUGGAAGAUUGUAUCAAAAGUAACUCGGUGUUAACUAAUUAUAAGUAUUCAAUGUAGAAAGGAAAUCAAUAAAUAUAGUAAAUUAUAUUAUGUAUAGAAAAUAAAUUAUCUGGUCGAACCGUA